AUUGCAGCCGAGCUGAAAAUUAGAGACACUCUAAAGGACAUUGAUGACGCAUCUCUAGACAAAAUAGAAGAGGCUUUCACCGCCAAUAAUUUGUGCCGCUGUAAAAAUCCAGUUACAACAGCUUUUGAGGUUAGUCUGUAUCAGCAUCAUUCCUCUUAUAUAGACGCUUACAAGUGAUUUGGCAGCGAAGAUAUUUUGAGAGCAAAAAAUCAUGGCGAGACACUUGAGUUUGAGCAGAAAACCCACCUACGGCUAUCUUUUUCUAUUUUCUGCGCGAAAACGUUUAAAAAAUCAGCGAAGGUGAUUCUCUUCAAACGGCCUUCCUUCUCACAUCUCAGAUCGGAAGAAUUAAGAGCUGUGGGAAUCAAUUAACCAGGCAACCAGGUUGGGGUAAGGGCGCAGUUUUGUAUCGUACUAAAACAUACCCUUCAACUGGAUAAAAUCUGUCAACCAUUUUCUCACCGUUUAUAUAUAAAGCAAAAAUAAAUCAACAACGACAAGAAUUACUUUAGGUCACGAUAUUCAUACACAUCAUAAUCAUUUCUGGAUUCAAGAUCAAGCAUGUUGGUCCAGCACAUCAUUGAUCCAAUUUUGUUGGAAGGUGUUGUAUCCGUUCGAAACAACCAAAUAUUAUUCACUCAUUCAGGCCGGGUUCACCAUCAUCCAUCAUCUUCAAGGCCGUCCAAUGGUGUUCAGGGGAAUCCAAAAUUCGCUUUCACAGCCUAAUGUCGGACACCCGUUUUUUAUUACUCUUAAUGCAGGUUUCAUCGAAACUUAGGGAACUCUCCUACUAUCGAGACGACAAUGCAGUAUUUUUUACUACGCUAGCAGAGCAGGUUGAGGACUUCUCUGUUACGCUUAUGGAUCAAAUCAACACGAAAGAGGAAAUCUCAAUUGGGCACGAGGAAAGCAGUGAUAUGGACCCAUAUGCGUACUUACUUGAUAGUAUUACCGAAUCAGCUAUUCGCUUUUCGCAGAAAAAGGUACACAAACUUUGUAAUGAUAUGGCUGCUGGAUUUAAACGUUCAACAAAACCGUGCUAUUAUACAACAAAGUUUUUCUACGUUUCCUGAGGCACAGAAUAUCGCAAGGUGCCGAAAAAUAUAGAGAUUCCUCAAGGUAUGAAAAAGGGUAUGAUUUUUGCGCCGUUUUAUCUGAAAACGGGUACAUUGUAUGCACUUUGCCUAUUUUGGUCUGGAAUCACGGGCAUGGUUUUCCAGGGAACGACGGGAGUGCAUGAACGUAUUCGUCGUUUCAAUUCCAAGUGAAUAAGAAGGAGAGUUAGAGUUAUAUGUGAUUUCGAAAUAGAUUUUAAGGUUAUAGGCUCCUGGUAUGAUGACAAAAUUUUUUCUUAGGGAAGCGUAUGUUGCGUUUGUGAGUCCUCCAGGCUGGAAGACGGAUAUGUAUUUUAGGGGGGCAGGUCUGAAAAGGGGUGUGGAAAUGACAUUUUUGGUCUAAAAAUGGGGUCAGGAUUUGGAGAACCGGGUGGCACACCCCCACCAAGAGUAACCCCCCACUGGGAAAUCAGCCUACUGUCUGUAAGGAAAUAAAUAUUUGCAGACAACAGGCCUUACGGGAUAACCAUUCAAAACCAAAAAAACGGGAAAUGUAAAUGAAAAUCUGAUAAAGAGAGGAAAACACUUCGUCGACAAAGCUUCUGUCGGAGAUACAUUGCGUGAAAGAAAUAAGAAAGAAUUAAUUAUUUUAAAUAGCACAAGAUUUCAAUUCGAAAGUAGCGAUAAUAGCAAAAAUGUUCUACUUUCCAACAACUCAACUUUUUUGUGCUUUUAUUUUUCCCUAGUUUGUAUCGCUUCCACUGUCGUACAGACUGCUGAUCCAAAGGUGGAACUAUGGUUUGCCACUUGACUGUCAACCAGGGAAAAAAUUGAGGUUUCUUGUAUAUGUAUUUAUCGUACUCGACACUAUUUUGACUCCUGUGUUUCUUCCUCUUAUCACAUAUGCCUUCUACAAGGACCAGGUAACCUGUCUGACUCGUGAAGUGGUUAAACGGAACAAGAAAACAUUAAGAGGUUUGUUACCGAUGGAAGAACAUUAUUAAAGCCGAAUUAUAUUCUUUACAAGCACUCCAUUGACAUAGUUAGAAACAAAUAGAAAUUCUCAAACUGCAUAUAUUUCAGAAGGACCCUAAAUAGGCAAUUGGCUCGUAAGCGUGUCAGUAGUAAUUUAUAGGAAUUUUCGAGCAAAUGUUCAAAGGAAUUUGUAACCUAGAACUUCCUGUUGCUGUCCAUGUCUCCUUGCAAAAGGAGUUUAUCAGAGAUCUUAAGUUCCGACGACGGCGAUGGCAAUGAGAACAUAAAAAAAAAAACUGAGCAAGAGGUUAAAUAAUCAAAACACCAACUCUGUAAUUAAGUGCAUCAGAUGUUUUUGUACAAUUCUUUGCCGUCACUGUAAGACUACGACGUGAAACUGCUUAAUUCAAUCUCUUUAAUGGAGGACAUAAACAAGCCAUGAGGAAGUUUUCUUUCUUUUUCUUAACUUGGAUAUCAUAUCUUAAAAGUUCCACUUUAGAAGACCAUCUGUAAAAACAAAGGAGACGAAUUUCGUUGGAAGAAAACAUAAAAAUUUCAUAGCGGCGGUGAGAAAAUGAGAAAUGCUAGCGGCCACCAAGCUGAGAUGAGCGGCAGUGAAAAACAUAAAAGCGAACAGGAACUCAAGCAACAAAAUUUUUGAUGAGCACAUGCGACAAUUCCUCCAUAAAAACAAUGUGUAACGAGGAAGUUUCACGUUUUAGUCGUGCAAAACGGCAUUGUAGUAGAAAAAACAAAUUUUGGAAAAAAAUUGGGUGUCAGAACUUAGUUGCCCUGGCAACUUCAAUUAAAAUGUUUCCAGAUAAGUUUUAGGAAAAGUCUUUGUGCUUGGUGGUCAUAGCUUAAGGUAAUUUCCUUGAAAUUGUUCUACUAUCAAAGUUUUUUUGAAACUUGGUAUAUUGCGCUUUUUCCUCGUUAGCUUGAAGUCCUCGUCUUGACUCAAAUACACCAAAUACGAAACUACUUUCCCCAAAAAAAUCUUGUUCUACUAUCAAACUUUUUUUCUUCUUCAAAUAUGUUGUUUAUUGGACUGUUCUUAGCAAAUACCUGGGAAAAAAAUCGGGGGUCACCGUGCUUGCUUCCUCACAAACUGCUGUGAACAGUGGACAUGGUUUUGGGAUCGCAGUCAGGAUGGAUAAUUGCGCGGCGGGGACUGGGGCGAGAAACAAAAUAACGCCCAUCGUGUUCGACGUAUGCACUCGAGAUCAAGCCUGUUAUCGGUUGUUUUUAUGUGUUUGAUAUCGCCAACACAGAAAUUCAAACUUGAAAAGAUUACAUUAAAUACCGAGGAAUGAGGUAAGUCAAGAUUUGAAGAGAGUUUGGAGUUAUGAAUCUUUAUUUUCGACCAUUUUGUAGCGCCGGCGUUCUGUUUAAUUCCAGUUAGCUACGGUUCGUUUUUUUUGCUUUUGCACAAUAAUGCUUGACAAAGAAACUUGAAGAAAAGACUAUUGAUUCUUAUUCUUCAUAUGUUCGCUUGUUUGGUUUCUAUACACAGCAAAAUGUGAAUUCAGCAGCAGACCUCGUGUUUACUGGUCUCCCUCGCGUGGUUCUGGCGAUACGGUGUGUCUUAUUUGUUCCAGAAAUAUUCGUCUCUCCACUCUCGGAGUUUGAACAACACAUGUACAGUAGCGAUCCCAGGCCAGAUACUGGCUCGUUAAUGCAGUUGGAGAGCCGCAGAGCUGUCCCACAGGCUUCACAGCCCCCAUAAUCCAAAGCCUCAGCCAGUACAUUUUAAUAAUUCCACAACUCGACGGCCGCGAAGUUAAAAAUCACUUCAGACUUGGGGAUCACGCACAUUUCUUUCAUUUUCUUGUCUUUCGAUAGCAAACCAGGAAGCUGUCGGCCGAUCUGCGGCAUUAUUAUUGUGAAUAAAAGCUUUAGCUCUGCAAAAGCGGCCCUUGUUUGUUCUUUUCGCGCUAGUGAGAAGAACCGCCGCCAUCUUGGAUGUGGCAAUGUUAUGCGCAGUAGAGGGUGCGCAGUGCAAACAAGGGAAUUACCUUAAACUGAUUGAAGUUAUUCAAUUUUUUUCGUCUUGGAGAGAGGGAUAAAGCCCCCCCCUCGCCCCGGUCUGAAUAGGGUUACUAUAAAACUCCCCAUUGGCCAAACGUUAAGCAACAUCGUCUCUAUAAACAUAUCCGAAUACGUUUUUGGCGCCUAUAAAUCCUAAUACCCUACAUGUACUUAAAUCUGGAAACAUUUAUGAAUCCAGUGCGUACGUACGCACCUAAGUAAUGAUAUGUAAACGCGGAAUUGGCCACGAUGUCUAAUUACUGUGUUCGACGUUACAACUUAUCAUGUUUGUCUUGCAGAUAUGUACCUGGACUACUUAACAACCCCCUUCGUCAUCUUUUUAAAGGAAAAACUACAACAAGUAGUGUUCAUAGCUUUACACAUCAGAAUAUGUGUACUGGGGUCUCCUGUAUCACCAAGAAUCGAGGAAUAUCUCAUUCUUGUAUUUUACAUCGGAUUGUUGAUCUCUGAGUUUCAGCAAUAUUAUACAUCUCAAUCCAAAGUUUAUUUUCGGUAAGAUGGCAAGGCUAAGACCUCUAAUAAAGUAAUUAACUUUCCCGUAUAACCCUUCCUCAGACUUUCCUUAUAUUAGUCAAUGAAUGUUACGCUUAUUAAUUGCGAGUCAGAAAAGCUUUUGAAACCAGACUUAGCUUAUCAGGGUUCCUCGGUCCAGCUGUCGGUCUGAUUCUGACUAUCUUCCAAUGACGCGUGGGCUCCUCAACUCAGCGUAAGUUUAAAAAGAACUUUCAUGAGAGGUCCACAUAUUCAGCAAUUGUCACAAACCUGAAAAAAAAAAUAUGUAUUAAUGCAGAUCAAAGGGUUUUAGCACAAAACUAUUACCUCUUCAGGAGCUACAGUGGUGGUUAGAGGGAGAUUUGGAUUCGCUUUUUUGCUCAUCCUCUAUAAAUCAUCUAGACAUUGUUCUUUAGCAACAUAAACUCAAGCAGCAAUACAAAUAAAUAUAUAUAUUAUUCUAGAAAAUAAAAAAUAAAAAACAUUUUUCACUUCUAUUAUAAGAGUGAGAGUUAUAUGAGUCCAACAUUUGGAUGCUUUAAAUUAUUUAUGAAGAUAACAUACUGUAGUUAAUGACAUUUUGUUUUCCAUGCUUUGUUGAUCGAAAGGUAGUUUUUGUUUUCUUUUUUACUGUUUACGCCCGACUUGCCGUGAAAUUUUUACUUUGCUUACCGUAUGUUAAAAUGGUACUCAUUUCUAAAGUUGUUCUUCACAAAAUACUUCUGAGUCUUGUCUUUCUUCUCCAGAAAUAUGUGGAACUAUGUGGAUGUCAUUACCCUCUCCUGUCACGCCAUCAUAUUUGUCCUCAGAGUUGCGUCCAUCAUAAAAGGUGGAGAUCCGUACCAUAACAGACUACUGGAGGUAAUUAACUAUCUCUACGGUGUAAACACUCUGCUCCUAGUCUUGAGGUUUUCAAGCAUACUGGAAUUAUACAAAACAGUUGGACCACUUCAGUUGGCUUUGUUCAGAAUGAUCGUCGACCUUAUGAUCAUUUUAGUUCAGUUUGUGUUUGUAAUUUUGGCUUUCUCUGUUGCCAUCACAAUGAUCUACACCGCCGAGAUGUCUUAUUUGACGCCAGCACAAGAGGUGGAAACCAACCGGACCCAGGUUAAAAGGUGAGGCUAGCGCAUGUUUAUUUUUUCCUUUUUUUUCUCUCGCUGUUUUCAUCUUAAGUUCUUUUUUUAACCGGAAAUUAACAGAUGUGUAUCUUUGCUAGUUAUUUUGUUUUAUAUUUUUUAACUUAUUCUUUGUAAACUUAUUUUUUUUAGCUUUUGUGCAAGUGGGUCAUCGUCUUGGUAAGUUCUUUACUCACGUGAUAAAAAAAAAAAAAAAAAACACAAAAUUUGUUGCCGAGUUCUAUAGACCUAAGCUUUUUAAAGGCCUCUGGAAUUCAUUAACCCGCAGAUCAGGCGUUGCAUUUUUGUUCUAAUCCUGCCCGCUUGCCUUUGUUCGCCGGGAAAAUAAGUAAGUAUCUUCCAGGAAUUGGCAUUUCUUUUUUACCUCUUGGUGUAUCUUCUUUUAAUAUGAUAGCAGUUAACCUGUCAUUGUUAAAAUCAGUUGAUAACUAAUUUCGUUUCUUGAAAACUAGCGUAAUUGUCAGCUAGUAUCAAAAUAUAAAGAAUGACGGAUGGACGAAAGACCAACUGCAGAAAUUCUAUAAUGAAAAUAACAAGAAAGUAUGCAUUUGCCUAAAUCCUCUUUCCUAUGAUUAUAACGUUGACUUUUUUAACGAUGCAUGUCAGUAACUUCCCCCCAAAAGCGUUAAUACCGCUGAAGUACUAGUUCCCUGGCAAUUUCAACAUAUUUUAUCAGUGCUAUUUUCCAUUGCAUAGCUUAUUUAAAGCAUCUACCCAUCUUGUAUGGUCAGUCUUUGGCCUGACGAAUCUGGAGACCCUGGAAUCCCAUGACACCUGGUCAGAUACAGUCGUUGGAAUCCUCUACGUAAUGUUUCUGGUUUUAACUGUCAUUAUGCUGAUCAACAUGCUAGUCGCUUUGCUCAACAACACUUACAGUAAAGUGGAGGUAAAUAACGUUGCCGUAACGUUUUGAUCAUCGAAAUCGGUUGAAACUUUCAUUCUGAAAAAAACAAAUCAAAAACAUCACCAACACGCAUAUAAAUAGAUUCGGGCCACAAUCUACGUUGGAAGGUUCGUGUGAGUGUUAUUUUAAAGGGACUAUGUCUCGCUUUUUGCUAUCUUGUCAAUUAAAAAGCUAACUAAAGACUAUUUUCCAGCCAAUCGAAUUCCAAAAAUAGUGGUUCAGCAGGCACUAGAACUGUUUGGUGUUCUUUAUUGCAGCCAAUGACAAAGAGCAGAUUUUACUUAAAACAGUAAUAUGUCUAAUAUCCUUGUGACAAAGACCCUCUAAGACCUUAAAAGAACUGAGAGUUACUUAGAAGAGUGAAAGCAAAACGUCGUAAAAACAAUCAAAUAUGUCUAUUUUUAUUGACUCGACACCCGCAGGAGAUAAUUAAAGCAUCUGGGUCCCCUAAUAUGCACUCUUUAAUGUUGCGUUUCCUAGGAUAAAAUUCUUUAAAUGGCUUACGGAAUACGGGAUUGAGUGAAUGUUUUAACAACAUUUCUUGUUGGCCAUGUUUGUUUUUAGACUAACGCAGAUGUGGAAUGGAAAUUUGCUCGCGCAGUAGUCGCUGAUGAAUAUAGAAGACAUCAUCCCAUUGUUGUUCCUUUCAACAUCAUCACCUUCCCUAUCUCUCACUGUUAUAUCAAGAAGUACGGAGACAGCCGAGCAGAGGUUAGGAGAGGCUAGCUGCAGAUAAUUUCCUAACCCGGAAUCAGUCUUAGCUAACGAAUAUGUAUAUACACGAUGUCAUCCUAUUCCUAUCCCUCACUAAUAUUAAUGUUCUAUAUACUUACGACGUCUUGUCUCGUGUGGAAAAUAAGAUAUCUCGCCCCCAAGGUGCAUAAUUUAGACAUUUCUCCCCUCUCUGAGUGUAUUACGUCUUCACAGUCUUUUCGUCCCUUUCGUUGUAAGAUCCCCCAACUGAUAAUUAUUGCACAAAGGCCUUAACAUGACAAACGUGUUAUACCUACCGUUCCCGAAAACACAUCAGUUUCAUCUCAUUUCAUUCAUGAAGACCACCUUUUGUUAAUUAGCAAUUAUUGGGUAUGAUCUGAAGAAUUAUUCGAACUUAUGCAGAUCGGAAGGGUGUAAUCCACCUCUGCCCGCAUAAUUGUUGAGAAUAUAUGAAAGCCGAAUCCACAAUUGCUUUAUUAUAUUCAUUUAUUAUAAAAUAAUUCUUACUUUAAAAGACAUGCUAGCCCUUGAUCGGUUAGUUUCCGUCUUCAUUUGCCUGUUACUCGGCAUCAUGAAACUGUCCACCUACCCCUCCCCUAAGCCAACAUUCACACUUACUUCUCUCUUAGGGCAAAAUGUUGGCUUAGGGGAGGGGUAGGAAGCAAAUUCAAAUAAAAGGAGAUGUUCUUUGGCUAGCAGAUCUUCUUCAAUUAGCAGUUGUCACCCUUCGAGUUGUAUUUUCCGUUUCUUGCUAUUUCUUCUUCGUAAAACGUGAGAAGUCUACGAACCUUUCCACCAUUUUCUCCAGCUCCACUGAACCAGGGGCCCGUUUCUCGAAAAUCGCGAUAGCUUUUCGGGCUAGGAAAACUGUUUCCUGUUUGCCGUGUUUGCAUUCAAGAUCAAAGUUUCGGUAAUUCUGAAAAUGAUUCAAUGAAACUAUCAGUUAACAAAUCAAAAUUGCAUGUUUGGUUUGUGAACUAGGAACUUUGCUACUAUUCAAAAGGUUCUGAUUUUUUUCGGGCCCGAAAUGUUUCCGGUCCUUUCGAGAAACAGGCCCCAGCUCAGCUAACACGCCCUCGUUCCCAGGGCUUCUCGGUUGUCGUCACUUUUUUCUGGCAAUAGCCUUUACUAUUGAUGUCGUUUUAUUGGAUGUCGCAAAUGUCUUCCGAAUUUGGUCAAAGCUAACUGGUUAUGAAGAAUUAGGGCCAGUUCAUUCGUCGUGCUUGUACUGUGCCCAACUCAAGUAAUGUAAUUGGUUUAGAGACCUUGUGCUUCUGCCCUGCUUUUGUCAAACUUAAUUCAAGAAUUACGAUCGGCACGGCGGAAGCACGAUGAAUGAAUUGGGCCAUAGCCCGGGGAUUUGAGCCAAUCAGAAACGGAAAAAAACUGACUGACUGAUAAUGAGAUUUAACCUCUCCAAAACGGAGACCCUACACAUUUGCCGCACAAAACUGACUUAGGAUCUCUUUCUAAAUGUCUCGUGUAUGUACUUUUGCAGUUUUUUCGAAAGAUUGGGUACGGUUUCAGUAAAUACAACUUUAUUAGGAAAUGUGACUUAAAUGCUUGACUAAUCGCAAAUCAUUGUUUUUGGCUUCAGCGGGCUAAAGACCACCGCAGGAUUUAUCAAAAAUUUUAUAAUAAAGAUCUUUUCCCUAAAAUCACGAAACGUUACCAAGAGAAAUACGGAGAAGCCUUUCCUAUGUCAGGUGAGAACAAAUAAGUUCAAUCAAGAAAGAAUAAUUUUAAGUUCUAAAAAACUGAUCUUCAAUGGAUUUGUCUUGCUCGAGGUACGACAACAUCCUUAAACGCCAAUUCAGUCAAUUUUAUAGACUUUGAAACUGUGUUUACACCAACCCUGUACAAUAACGAUUAUUAUACGUUUUCGCAUGGUGUGCUCAAAUGAACAGUUUCGAUUCUUGGUACUUUGCCAGCAUCCUUGGAAAUUAAAUGAGAAGCUCAUCCUUCGAUCAUCCUUUAGAUUCUCUCUGUCAGUUCCUAAGAAAGCUAAUCGAUACAGGACAGCAAGCAAUUAAGAGAACAAAAUUUUGCAUUUUGUUGAUAAAUAUGCACCUCACUCAGUAAAAAUGAAACUCUUUUAGCACAUCGAAGGCUGGGAUGUAGAUUGGAUAGUUGUGACUGAGAGUGUUUUGCAAGGCUUUAAAGAUUCUAUUUAAAUUCUUUUUAUUUAUAGUUCAAGCAAAAGUGGACCAUUUGCAGAAGAACGUGAAUGAAAUAAUGGUGAAGCUUGAUGCAAUACUAAAAAGAGUAGGAGGAGAAUUCCAACAUCGGGUAAGCAGAGUUUUUCAGGUCAUGCCGUCUAGAAAGACCUUUUUCCGAUAAACGCUGAGGAAGACGUUCCUACGCAGUGGGCCACUGCCUUAAAAGCAUUGCGCAGUAAUUAAGGAUCGCAUAUCUUUUUUCUAAUUUUACUGUAGGGCCAGACAUCGAUGCAAACUUCAAGAAAUUUACAGAAGGCUGCGAUUUCCUACCAUUCGGCUGUUUAACCGAAAUUGA